AUGCCCGAGACUGCCCCAGAGUGUGCCCCUCCAGCAGUGCAAAUUCCAGGGGUGCUUGGGGGGGCUCGACCGGACACACGACGCGCCACAGAGCCAGCGUUCGCCGGCAAACUCGGUGGGGUUGCCGUGCUUCAGACGACGGGACGGGCAGACGGACUUGACGCAGGCACAAGGAGAAAAAGCCAAGGGUUGCAUCCACAGUGGCAAAAAACAUGCUCUCGAGUCGGACAAGCCCCUGAAGAUCCAGCCUGCCCAGAAAGGAAAAAAAGAAGACCCCUUCCAAUCAUCAUCGUCAUCAUCAGUGCAAACCAAAACCAGACGCAGGGUUCGGUUCCGAAACGGCCUCCUGGACCCUAUUCCCUUCAAUUUGCCCAUUUGCCUGCGAACCGAUGGGGGGAGGCAUGGCAUUGGGGGCGGGCCAGAGGCUCAGGCUGGGGUCGAAACGCGAGAUGGACAUGCUUGCAAAGGGCGGCGGGCUCCACGGUCCACAAUAUACGCGAACGGCAGAGUACAUGGGCAUUGAGUACAUUGCCAUUCGCACACCGUUUCCAAAGAGUCCAAGAUGGGGGGCGGAGACCAGUUGGAGGGACGACGACGACGCGCUGCUCGUUCGCGAUCCUUGGCCGGGGCGCUGCGCAGAUCGCACCACUGGCCGACGUCAGUGGUCAGCAAUCCGCCAUCACCGCCUGUUUCAAAGUGCCUUUGGGGGCAGUUCGCGAGUAG